AUGGACAGGGAUCGAUUUGCCGCGCUUCUCGAUUCAUCGCUGCAGGAUUUCAGAGAUCAGCUGCUGGAUGCCUAUGCAGGGAGAGGUGCAGGUGAGAACACACCAGUCACACCUGCGAGCACGAAGCAGAAGGCAGACACUGACAUCGACGAGGAUGCCGACGAUCCAUUCGAAAUAGCUGCAUGGAAGAAGGUCGAGCAUUUGCUCCCAUCCAAGGAAAGAGGUGUCUCAAGCCAAACAGAACAGACAGAUCUGUCUGUUGGCAGGAACUCUUCCCUGACACCAUCCGAGGAAGGCAUCCAAGAAAGUCCCAAAAUCUUCCACGGCAGGUCCUCGCAGUAUUUGCGUUCCGGAUUGCUUGGGGUGAAGGCAGAGGAAGCCAUGGCGAUUCGCCAUCGGCUGCGCGUUCGCUUAGGAGCCCUGUCCUCGAAGACCUUGGUCUCUGGGAAGUCGCUGCUCGAGGCGGUGACAUCUCUGGGCUUGACAAGGUACACGGAGCAGGACAUGAAUGAUCUGGUGAAUGCUCUGGCAGACUUUAUCAGUCUUUCCUUUGAGCAAGAGGAGAUGACUCCGGAGAAGGAGGAUAGGGAAAAAAGUGACGACUUGGAACUCUUCUUCUUCCACAAGCGGGAUUCUCGGGCGUACGGCCACCCGGUCUGGCAGUGGCCUGAGAAGACUACUGAUGCGGCUCUGGGCGCAGCGGCCAUGCGUCGAAGCGUCACCGGGCACAUGAAUAACUGGGCAGAGGUGGUGCCCCGGAGUAGUUUCAACGUCGUGCCGGCCCAAGCCAUCAUGGAGAUUUUCCUCUCACAGGAGGCAGAUGUUCACAAAAGAAUGUUUGGACCGAGACUUCUGAACCAGUUCAGAGCCAUGAAGGAGAUCCUCUUGGCUGGGGAUACGAACAGGCUUGUUGCAGAAUUGACAUUCGUGAGAAUUAACGAUCUCGCAGCUCCACCAGAGCCGGUCCAUCCCCUCAUGUACAUUGAGCCGCUGGUGGCCAUUCUCAUCGUCGGCAACGGCAUCAUGAUUGGUUUGCAGACCGAGCCUGGUUUUGACGACUGGUCGGGUUGGACCUAUGUCGAACUUGUGUUUGCAGCUUUCUUGCUGUUGGAAAUCGCUUUGCGUAUGCACCUUCUGCGUUGUCGGAAUUACUGGUGUGGCACUGAGCGUUGGUGGAACUGGUUUGAUCUCUUCCUUGCUGCCACUGGAAUCUUAGACAUCACAGUCCAGCUGGUUGGAGAAGAAGAUUCGGCUUUUGCAGGGGCAUCGCUGUUGCGAUUCUGCCGACUGAUUCGCUUGGUUCGUAUAGUCAAGGUCUUCCGCAUCAAGUUCAUGAAAGACUUGCGCCUCAUGGUCAAAGGCCUCAUUGCGGGCAUCCGAACCCUAACGUUGGCUUUCCUCCUGCUCUUCGCCGUGUUGUAUGUCAUCUCUGGUUUCGCUACUAUGACAAUAGGCAGCGACACCAGGACCAAAGAGCUGGAACUGGAGGAAUACUUCUACAACAUUCCGGCUGCCAUGUUCACAGCCUUCCGGUGCUUUAACGGGGAGUGCGUGAACAGACGAGGGGAGCCAAUAAACUUCUUGCUCGCAGAUGCAUUCGGAUUGCCGUUCAUUCUGUUCUACGUUAUCAGCUACAUGCUCGUGACGAUGGGGAUAUUCAAUGUAAUCUUGGCGGUCUAUGUUGAUAUCACGAUGAAGGCUGCGAAGGAGAACGAUGCCGUUACUGCUGAACAGCAUGCGAGGGAGUCCAUCCGUGUCGCCCGAACUACGCGUGAGUUGCUGAAGAAAUUUGCUGGAGCCUACCAUGUAUUCAACGAGGAGGACGGCAAGGGCAAACUAGACAAGUUGCCUUCCCACAUGCUCUUCACAGAGGAAGGCUUGCAGGACAAGGUUGAGAUCACGAAGGAGCUCUUCCUGCUCGUCAUUCAAGAUCGAGGUGUGCAGAAACUCAUGGAUGAUCUUGAUCUGCCGCCAGAUCGUGCUAAUCUCUUCGAGAUUAUCGAUGCAGAUGGCAGUGGCACGCUUCAAAUCACAGAGCUUCUGCAGGGUCUCUUGAAAAUCCGUGGCGAAAUCAACAAGAGCGAUACAGUGGCCUCGCUCUUGGCCACAAAAGCCUUGCAAAACAUGAUUGGCGAGCUCAAGGACGAGAGCCUGCGGCACUUCGAAGAUUUUCACAACGAGCUUCAGCAGCAGUUUGCGGAGUUUUGCCAGCAUAUGACGAGAUCGAUCUCAAAGGCCAAGUUUCGCAGCAGGAGUAUGCGGCCCAAAGACUUAAACACGUUGGCCGCACCCCUCCGGCCAGAUGAUUUGCCUCCAGAGAUUGAGAUGGAGCCACCUUAA